AUGGUGUUCGGGCCGAAGGGGGCGCUGCAGACGGUGCCAAGCAGGAGUCGGAUAUCACUCAGAAAACUACAAAGCUUCACAGUACAGAAACGACAAUCCGUCAUCACACUGGUCUACGGAACCCUGAUGAUAAUAGCUGGAGUUUUGACAUUCAUCAUCGACCCUCUGGUCGUGUACACGAACUGGGCCCUAGAAGUGAAGGAGGGAAAAUUCAUCUACAGCAUGUGGUCUAACCCGACGUACAAAGUGUACUCGGACGUCUACAUAUUUAACUACACGAAUAUAGAUCAGUUUCUACGAGGUGAAGAGAAGCUGAAACUUCAAGAACUAGGCCCCUAUAAGUUCCAAGAGUUAAGAACGAAUGAAAACAUCACCAUAGACAACGAGCGUGGUGUUAUGACUAUGAAUCCAGUGAUCAAGCUGAAGUUCUUGCCUGAAGAGUCAACUAGGCAAUAUAACGACAGCGUCGUGGUUCCAAACAUCGCUUUGAUAGCGAUCAGUACACUCUUGGCAGACCAAGGCCUCGGUUUCCUGCCCAACACAGCUGCCUAUUACACCAUGACGGCUCUGGGCUCUAAGCUGUUCAAGCCAAUGUCAGCUGGGGAAUUCCUUUGGGGCUACGAUGACCCUCUGGUGAACGUCGCAAGUAAGCUGGUGCCAGGUUGGAUUGACUUUGGCAAGAUUGGUAUUAUGGAUCGGUUCUACGCGCAAAGAAAAGAUGAAGUUGAAGUUGAAUUGAAAGACAUUUCAAAGCGCUUCUCAAUAAACACCUGGAACAAGCUGCCUGGACUUCUGGAGCAAAACUUCAAAAGCCUUAAUACGAGCACUCCUUGCAAUCGCCUUAAAGGAACCUUUGAAGGUCUGAUGCUGCCCACAAACUUUAAUCGCACAACACUCCCCGUCUUCCGGAAACAGGCCUGCAGAGUCUACCCCUUUAACUAUCUGGAACAAGUGCCAGGAACUAUCGGAAUUCCACUAUCUAGGUAUAAGAUGGACGAAACGGCUUUCAAUAGAACUAAUCGUUACGCCUGUAAAUGUACCGCCAACUGCUUGCCAGAUGGAUUCGUGGAUAUUGGCAGUUGCUACUAUGGUUUCCCUAUAGCUCUGUCAAAGCCCCACUUCUUAGACACGGAUCCGGAACAGCAGAAGCUUUACGAAGGAAUGUACCCCGACCCAGUGAAUCAUGCUUCCCAUGUCGAUAUAGAACCGAGAGUGGGUGUACCGAUGGCAUUAAGUACCAAACUGCAAGUGAACAUAGCUGUCAGAAUGGCUUCCGGCAACCCGAUCACCAGACCUUUAAAGGAUAUGGUACUUCCUCUGAUUUGGUUAACUUUGUACUGUGAUGAACCACCACCAGAAGUGGCAUCGCUGCUUAGACUCCGCUUCGUUAUCGCCCCGCCUCUAAUUUUAACAGCGGAGGUUCUUCUUAUCAGCAUAGGAAGUCUUCUUGUCUUACACGGCCUCUACCGCAUCUGGCGACCAAAGUACGAGCUCAUACAAGCCCAAAAACCUCGUCCAGUGGAUAGACGCCCAAGUGUUAUAGAAAGACGGAAAAGCAGUCUGACUCUUAACAUGGCUGAGACUUUCAACGAUGAGGAAAUAGCCAAGGAAGCAGUAUCACUAUUAGCUAUUAAAGAGGAAGAUUUGCCCGAUUUGUUGAUGAAUGAAGCUUUGCUGUAUGAGGACUAA